AAGAUGGCGGCGGCGGCGGGGCAGCGCCGCGGGCCCGGCGGGCGCUGAAGCCGCUUCCGCCGCCGCCGCUCUCCAGCACUAAACAUGGCGGAGUCGGUGCUGGAAGUUGUGGGCCGGCUGCAGGCGCGGCUGGCGGGCAGCGCCGAGCCCAAGAAGCUGCUGAAGAGUCUGAAGAGGCUGUCAGAGUUACCCAUCACCGUUGACAUUCUCGUGGAGACAGGAGUUGGGAAGACUGUGAACAGCCUGAGGAAACACGAGCUGGUGGGAGACUUUGCCAAGGACCUGGUGGCCAGGUGGAAGAAGCUGGUGCCAGUGGCCCAGGAGGCAGAGCGAAAUAACCUGGACUCUGAAGAGCGUGACUACGAGAGGAGCAGCUCGAGCAAAAGGCAUCAGGAAUCCUCCCUCAGAGAGGAUGAGGAGGCUGAUCAGGAGUACUCAGAACCCUUCCAGCCUUCUUGCAGCCAGUCCUAUAGCCCAGAUCACAGGGAAAAGAAGUCCAAAAGACAUCCUAGGCCUGAGAGAGCCUAUGAGACUUACAGCUACAGCAGCCACCAGAAGGGCUGGGGCAGAUCCUCGCCGGUGCUCUCCUCAGACCAGGAGUACUCGGACUGUGGGCAGGCAGUGUCACCCGAGCCCAGCGAGAGCCCUCAGGAUGUGGACACAGACCCUUACGCCUCCGAGGAGCAGGAAGAGGCAGCACUAUUCCCUGGGAAAGGCAGUAAAGGGCACAGCUUGCAGGAGAAGCUCGGGGCGGGCCGGGAGCGCGGCUCCGGCGAUUUCUGCGACAAAGGGAGCGCGAGCCGGAGCAGAGAGCACAAAUCCUCGCACAAGAAGCAGCGGCUCGAUGGCAGAGGGGACGACAGGAGCUCUGCCUUCAGCCCCGAGAGGUUGCACAAGGUGGCAGUGGCCGGCAAGGAGAAGCAGAGGACAUCAGAGGGCAGCAAAAAGGAGAAGAAUCGGGAAAGCGGCGCCUCCAGGAAGGAGAAGUCGCACUCCUUGCAGCACUCGGAGGAGUCUUUGGACAACCAUGUCAAGAAGCAAAAGCAUCGGGACUCUGAGAAGAGCAAAUUGGAGAAGUCCAAGCAGAGCCUGGAGAGCUCUAACUCAGAGAAACGGAAAGCUGAGAGUGACUCAGGAAAUAGGAUCAAGGAAAAGGGGGGGUCUGGGAGCUUAAAGUCUUCGGAGGGGAAGCGCAAAAGCUCGGAUGUGGACAAAAAAUCAGUGGGUUUUUCCUCAAAUUCUGGGGAGGGGGAAGCGGAGGAUGAGUUUGAACAACCUACAAUGUCGUUUGAGUCAUAUCUCAGCUAUGACCAGCCCCAGAAAAAGAAAGUGGUCAAACCUUCAGCUGGGUCAGCUGGGGACAAAGACCGAGGGCACAGCAAACAGAACGGAUCCAAAGCCAGUACCAACAGCUCGAGCUCCAGUCAGAAGAGUCCAAGCCACAAGAGAACAAGUGAGAAAAAGGCAGAGAAGAAAACCCCAGAGCCUCCUAAACCAAAGAGGAUCAUUUUAGACGUGGUCCCGACGUUACCAGACAUCCCCCUGCCCCCCAUCCAGGCCAAUUAUCGUCCUCUUCCCUCCAUCGAGUCCAUCCCCUGCUCCCAGACAAAAAGGAAAGCAGUGUCCUCGCCAGUGGAGGAGAGCGAAGCUGGUUUCACAGGCCGACGCUUAAAUUCCAAAAUGCAGGUGUACUCUGGCUCCAAAACUGCCUACCUCCCAAAGAUGAUGUCCCUGUACCAGCAGUGUAUCAGGGUCCUCAGUAACAACAUCGACUCAAUCUAUGAAGUGGGUGGAGUCCCUUUCUCUGUGCUGGAACCAGUGUUGGAGAGGUGCACCCCGGAGCAGCUGUACCGCAUCGAGGAGUGUAACCAUGUGCUGGUGGAGGACACGGACCAGCUGUGGCACAACCACUGCCUGCGGGACUUCAAGAACGAGAAGCCCGAGGAGUUCGAGUCGUGGCGGGAGAUGUACCUGCGGCUGCACGACGCGCGCGAGCAGCGCCUGCUCAUGCUGGCCCGCAACAUCGGCUCUGCCCACGCCAACAGACCCAAAGGGAGAGUGGCCAAGAUGGCAUUUGUGAACUCUGCAGCGAAGCCGCCUCGGGACGUUCGGAGGAGACAGGAGAAGUUUGGAACUGGAGGCCCCCUUCUCCCAGAGAAGACCAAAAUAAAACCAGUCCUGUACACAUCCAGCAAAAGCCACGCUCGGGCGAGCGAGGAGCAGUCCUACGACGGGCCCAGCACCAGCAGCGCCCACCCGGCCCCAUCUUCAGGUAGCACCUUCUCCUCCUACGACCCCAGGAAACCCCCUGUGAAGAAAAUUGCACCAAUGAUGGCAAAGACUAUCAAAGCUUUCAAAAACAGGUUCUCUCGGAGAUAAGCUUGCAGUGCUGAGCUGGGCCUUUCUCUCUUGGGGAGGAGUGGCACUGGAGGGGGAGAAGGCACCCAAACAGCCCUUCCUUAUCUUUGAACUCUUCGGAGGCUACAGCUGCUGGGAGAAGCUUCAGUCUGCACAAGAUGACGGCACAGUAUUUUAUCUUUUAUUCUGGUCCCUUUCUCAGUGUCAAGCCCCCCUCUUUUACCCCCUGUCCUCAACAUUCUGUUUCUGGCUUUGUCAUCCAUCGAAAGAAGGGUGUACAGAAUCUCCUGACACAGGAAAAUGUGAAAUCUUGGCACCUGCUGAGAGUGGAAGAUCCAGAGACUUAUUUACUAUUUAACCUCUUAAUAAAUUAUAAAAUGGUUUUAAUUAAUA